AUGAAGGCCCUCAGAUUGCUCCGAAGGGCUCCGCUGGCCCCUUCCCUUCGGCCUACACCUCCCGCCGUCCUCGACUUUCUCGCGCCUUCCACUUUACAAACUUGUCGCCAGUAUAAUUCUACAGCUCCACGGCAGUCCGCAGAGAAUCCCUCCGUGUCACAGCAGACAUCCGGAUCAUCGAAACCGAAAUAUGUUCUUAAUCAGCAACAACGCGAGUUUCUCGACCGAGCCCUCCGCGUCAACCAGGCCGGCGAGCUAGCGGCCACCUUAAUUUACACGGCGCAAACACCACAAGUCGUGCGCUCUCAUCCUCACCUACGGCCCUUGAUGAAACAUAUGUACGAUCAGGAAGCGGGGCACUUUGAUACGUUUAACCAUCUCAUUGCGAAACACCGCGUACGGCCGACGGCGAUGUAUCCGGUAUGGGAGGUUGCAGCGACGUUCCUGGGCUGGUCUACCGGAAUGAUGGGACGCGAGGCGGCAAUGGCGUGUACUGAAGCUGUAGAAACCGAGAUUGGGUCCCACUAUAAUGAUCAAGUACGGGAGAUCCUGUCCUGGAAAGCGGAGGCUGAAAGUCGGGGCGAAGAGCUGGAUGAAGAAUUGGAGGAAAUGCUGGCAACUUUCCGACGAAUUCGCGACGAGGAGCUGGAGCAUCUGGAUCAUGCUGUUGAGAACGACGCGAAGGAAGCUCGUCCAUACGAUCCGCUGGUCAAUGUCAUCCGCUACGGGUGCAAGGCAGCCAUCAAAAUCAGCGAACGGGUGUGA